AUGUCCGACGCCAGCAGCAGCAAGGAGAGGGACGCCCAGCCAAUGGGGCACUCUUCGGGCACAGAAACCCGCCCGAACACUGCUGUGUCCGCUGCAGCGACCGACCCGUUUGCGUCGCCGGUCUCCAGCCGUGCGCCGUCUAUUCACCACCAGCCAGCAAGCCCGAGCUCGUCCAAGGUCUCUUUCCCCGACUCGAGUUUCAGUGCUGGGCCCCGUCGCUCGAUCUUGAACCAGGCAGGAUUCGGCGCAUCAGCAUUCUCCUCUGCGCGUUCAAGUGCCUCACGCUUGUCAGCUGCACCGUACACAAGCCCUGCCUCCCCCACUACAACCGCACCGAAGACGAAAAUUCCUCGGAUGAAGUCUCACAUGCUAUCUGACGCGAACCCCCUCCCGAAGCCCUGGCUGGAAAAGAAAAGCCCUCGGGCGGUUUUCUCCUACUGGGUCGUCUACGCGAUCAUCCUACUUGGUAUCGCAGGGGGUGCCGUGCAGUCGUACUUCGUAUAUACCCGGGUCCCACUGGACAAGCGGACACUGUGCAUUGUCCUCGACGAGAACUUCGAGAACGAGGCGACGGUCUUCGGGGAGGGAGGUACGUUCUUCCGCGAGGUCAACAUGGAUGGGUUUGGCACCGGCGAGUUCGAGAUGACCACCUCCUCGAGGAACAACUCCUUCGUGCGGGAUGGCAAGCUCUAUAUCGUGCCCACGCUGACCGCGGACAACAUCGGCAUGGACGCCGUGUUCGAUGGGACGGUGUACAAUAUCACAGACUGCACGUUCAACAUCACCAGACCCGACAACGGUCACAUCUACGAGGAAGGACGGCGCAUCUUCGACUGGCCGAGCUAUUACCGCUCAUGCAGUGCUGUAAGCAAUGCAACAGCUGGAACAGUCAUCAACCCGGUACAAAGCGCGCGAUUGAGCACAAGAUACAGCGCCAGCAUUCGCUAUGGUCGUGUUGAGAUUCGCGCGAAGAUGCCAACUGGUGACUGGAUGUGGCCUGCCCUCUGGAUGUUGCCCAGGGACGAGGUUUACGGCUCUUGGCCACUGAGCGGUGAAAUCGACAUCGUUGAAUCUCGUGGAAAUGGUUUGCGAUACACGGCUCGUGGUUCUAACUACGUCCAAGGAUCACUGAACUGGGGCCCGGCCCCGAACCUCAACGGCGUUUCGAAGUCGUACAGUUGGUGGACGGAUAAGCGUAAAUCCUUCGGUGCCGACUUCCACACGUAUGUCCUCGAGUGGACGCCGGAGUUUUUGCGGAUUUACGUUAACACCCGCCUGCACACGUUGCUCGACAUGCGGUUUAACAAGCCUUUCUUCCAACGCGGCGAGUUUCCGGAUGUCAUUUUCAACGGGUCGAGCCUCGUAGCCCUUCAAAAUCCUUGGAUUAACGGCACCAACGCGACACCUUUCGACCAAGAAUUUUUCCUUAUCUUGAACGUCGCCGUUGGGUCCACCAACGGUUGGUUCCCUGAGGGACAGGGUGACAAGCCAUGGCUCGACCGCGCGCAAAGCCCGCCACUCGAUUUCGCGAGGGCAAUUGGGCAAUGGUACCCAACGUGGCCGUCGAACCUCGAAGACCGUGCUAUGGUUGUCGAUUAUGUCAAGAUGUGGAAGCACUGCUAA